AAUUUUUUCAUGGUUUCCGCCUCUCGAACGCCAUGGGCGUUUCCAAACAAAAGACAACAGAGGGCACUUCAGAAUGGGAGAGAGCUUCCAUGAACAGCUGCGAAUAGACAGCCAGUUCCUGAAAUCGGACCGACGUCUUGAUACAGAACUGGUGGAUAAACUCAUUCUGCAGCUGAACCGAAUCUACCCACAGAUCCUGACUGACAAGGAGGCCUCCAAAUUCAGGGAUUUGGAUGUUCCCACCUGUAUCAGGCUGGCAGAGCUGCUGUCUAAUCUUCAGGAGAAAGGAGAAGAGGCAUGUCGAGAGUUUUACCGCGCACUUCACCUCCACGUGGAAGACGUUUACUUCAGCUUACCAACGCGCCUCCGACUCAGAGAGUCCGGUGAUCCAGUCAGCCCAAUCCCAAUUCCCAUAGACAGACACGUAUUAAAUGACCACAGUCCGUUUUUCUUCCUCAGUUGUUUCAGUGUGGCUGUAGGAGCAGCCCUGCUGUAUUACUAUGGUGAGUCCAAGCAGGUGACAGGCUCCAGCAGCGCUCUGGGUCUGGCUGCGAUGGGUCUCAGUAGAAAAGUGCGAGACGUUCUCAUCUGGUACACAGAAGAUGGAAAAUAAUGGAUUUUUCGCUGCCUUGAUAAAAAUGUUUUCAAAAAUACUAAAAUAUCCAAGUCAAACAUAUCAAAAAAUAUUUUAAUCCAGGUUAAAAAAAAUGUACAUACUAUGUAUAUACAGAAAUUAUUGCCAUGAGGCAAAAUUCCAAAGAUUUAGCUUUAAGGUUUCGUGCCUAAAUAUGGAAUCUCUUGUUACAAUUUUAAAUAUAACAAUAUAGUGAUUUAUAUAACUACAAACAGUUAUGCAUUUGAAAUAAUAGCCAUUUACAUGCCAUAAGAAGAGCAGGAACUCAUUACUAUUAAACAAACUCUCCUACACUAAAGUAUUUAGUUGAAGUUAACAUGCUGCUAAUGAUGCAACCUUUAUUUUAUUUGUGCAUUUAUUGUUAAAAACAGACCUCAAACUCAUUUCUAUGUUAUGUAUAGUUAAUACCUUUCAAUUCUCAAAGACUGUCUAAAACUAUAUUAGUAAACACAAGGACACAUGGGGUCCAGACUUCCAAAUUCACUACACUAUUUACUAUUUAGCACAUACAAAACUGGAUAAACAUGACAAAUCAUAUAGAUCAGCAUGUCAUCAUAUUUUGACACGCAAGAAACUAAAGACUACCGGUAAAUCUGAUCCUCUGAGUAUUGGGAGCUUGUUACUUUUUUUUUGUUGGGCUAAGGUUUAAAUAGAUAUGUUUUAUUUGAGCAUGUUUAUAUAGUUUACUUUUAUACUGACCGCAUGUUUGCACUGGUUUGUGUACUAAUAAUUGAUAUCAACUUGUGGCCUUGUUUCUGCAGUGCGAUUGUACAAAAACGGUUUUUAAAAUCUUUUUUGAAACUGAUAUUUUCCGCCUUGAAACAUUCACAAAAGUUCACUGAGAUACUGUAUUUGUGUCAGGGUUUAAUAAAACUUUUAUUAGGCCAAAUGAAACAAUGCUUUGGAAGUGUUACUAAUGUAUUUGAAUCGAUUUUUACGUCUCGCUAUACCAAAACAAACACCUGUGGAUAUGGAUGAAACUGUAAGUAGCUCAAUAAUUGAUCUCUGCUCUGUAAUGAUGACUAAAUACACUUCUACACAUACACAAUCCUGUUAUCUAAAAAUGAAAAACAUCUUUGGUCUUUUAUUUAAACGAUAUCCAUAUAAAAUGUACAAAAAGUUCAAGAAAUAUAAAAACAUUGCAUUGGAUCGUGAAUAAUCACAACAAAUAUGAAAACACCAAACAACAUUACAUUUCUGAAAGAAAAGGACAUUGUAGAUCCUAGUCAGUAGAGGGCGCUCUUAUAUAGUCAAUGCAGACAGACGACAUGCAUUCGGCUAACAAAUUGAACAACAACAAAGCUAGCUAUGAUUUUUUUGGGGUGACUGAUAAAAUAAAAGGUGCUAUAUUUAAUAUCAUAUAUAUUCAAUUAUCAUUUAUAUUCAGUGUAGUGAGAAAAGAUCCUUUCUGGACAAACUGCAUUUAUAGAUUAAGAAUCAGUUUGAACGGCAAGUGCCUUGUUUUCAGACUUUUUUGACCUCUAACCUUACUUUCAUAAUCAUGCAGCAAGGCCUCUAAAGGUAAGACAAACCCAAACGUGCUGUGCGAGAGAGUUGUUGUGUUUAACCACACAUAAAUGUAUUUAUAUAUUUCCUCUCAAUAGGCCGCCAAUACAGUGAGUGGUGACUAUAUCAGGUAGACAGUGUGAAGGCUACAUGUGAGGUGAGGUGUUACUGUUCAUUUCAGGAUUUAAGGUAUCACAUGGACCAUUCUUUGGGACAAGUCAUAAAGUAAUGAUUCUAUUAGAUAUUUUCUUCCAAUUUUAUCAUUACUGUGCAUUAUGAAAUUAAACAAUUACCCAUAUAACAAUUAAUUGUAAUUGAAUCCACAAGUUAUAUGAUCUAACCUUUUAUCACCUCA